AAGGAUUGCUGGAGGCUUAAGAAAAAGAAGCAGGAUCGAGAGAAUGCAGAGAAUGCAGGAAGAUUUGCAGGUUCUGUUGGUCAGAACAUUGGGUCUGAAGAAGGGAGUCAGACUGAAGGGUUGCAUAUUGAGGUUGGCAACAGGUUUGCCAGUCCAGUUGGAGGGUUUACUGCAGAAGAGAUGAGCAGGUUGAGAAGCAUUCUGCAGAUGUCCAAUUCCACUUCUCCAACUUCACCUCAGAGUCCAGUAAUCAAUCAUAGGGCACACUCAGUCACUACACAUCUUCCUGCCUUCCCAAACUCUGCAGGACCUGAUAUCAGCCAGGAUGAUUGGUUUGGCUCAAGAAACUAAAGGCUUGUACCACUUCAUUCCACCAAAUACUUCCAGUUCAUCAUCCUAC